GGGUAGACGGUAUGCACAUUCUGCCUGUUAAAAUUUGUCAGACAACUUGCAGAAAAUAAUAAUACAGAAGUCGAACAAAAAUCCGACAGAAAAUGUGCGGAGAAUCAUUCGAUAACGUUUUUUAGGAAUGAUGGAUUGAGCACACGAUUGAAUGAGGAAUCAUACUCGAGUCGUAAGGAUUUUCGUUCUGUGUAUUGAAUGAUUUUCAGUAUAAGGCACAUGUAGAAACGAUUUCAGAUGGUUUUGUGAUGAUAAUCAAUCACAACAAGCUCUAACUCAAAUACAUUCGUAAUUUGUGCCGAUUCUAAUUUUAUUACAGGAUGAUUUUCAUUCAAGAGAGCGCAGUAAACACAUUUUGCUACAAAAUCAAUAAAAUCAUUCAAAAUUCGGAUUCUGCGUAUUUGUUACGACAAAUCAUUCUUUGUACGGCGGAAGAUUUCGUUCAGUGAAGUUAACUUUACACGCCGAAAUUAUUGCAAACUUCAUGCUCUUGUGGACGCAUUAAGUGCUGUGGAAUUGGGCCGAUUUUGCGUAUAGGUUUCAAACAUAUCUGUGUUAAGAAUUUUAGACGUGCACUGAACAAUAUUUUUGUUUGGAGAAAAGAAUUUUUCAGCAGCAGCCUAGAGGAAAGUUCGGUUUCAAAAUCAAAAAAUAGUUUUUCGUGGUGGGACAACAAGAUAAAGGAUGGAAAACACUUGCAAUUUUUGCGCUAGCCAAGAUGCAAGCGUCGUGAAACUCGACGAAGAUUAUUCCACGGAAAAGUUAUCCACUAUACGCAUAGCAACAAGGCACUUGUGGUUUACGCACGACGAGCUAAAAUCAUUCUACAUUUGCGAUCCCUGUCGGAACAAGCUUCUGGAGUUUCAUCACUUUUACAACCAAGUUAGAAAACUCUACUCUGCAGAAUCAGCAGUAGACAAAGGCAAAUUGGAAUCCGUUUCAAUAGCCACCACCACCACCGUCGAAGAGAUUGAACUCAAACCUGCUGCGGUAGAACCAGAACCAGUUGAAGACCAUGUAGAACAUAUUUCCGGUGAUGACGACCAACAAUCAAUGGAUACGUCAGAAAGCGGUAAUCAUCCGAAAGAAAAGCUUCCCAAAGAUCCACCAAGCAAGACAGAAUAUCUCCCAACAAUCACCGAUGAAGACAUUCGCAUCUUCUGCCAAAUGGCAUGUCACAUCUGCUCGGAAGAAUUCGAUUACUUCGUAGAUCUCAAGCAUCACUGCACCCAAGAACACAGCUCGAAGUGCUACGUGUACUGCUGUAACAAUCGUUUUGACGAUAUGUUCAGACUUAAAGAGCACAUUCUUGUUCAUCUUAAGCCGGACACUUUUCGCUGCGAAAGAUGUGACAAAAACUUCACUUCAAAGCGUAGCCUACUCCGACACUUGAGAUGCACCGCUCAUCUUAACACCGAAGACUUGUGACGUGUGCAGCGAAAAGUAUCCCGGGCAGCAAAUGCUAGACGAUCACAUGCAGUCUCACCAGAAUGAAACCACCAUUCACAAGUUCACCCUGGAAUUGUUCACAAUACUAACGAGA